CGUAAUCCUCUCUGGGUGAGUGGCUCUCCCCGCCCCCGCGAUGAUCGUCGUCUCCAUCUCCCCCCUCCGUUUAUUUCCAACUGAAAAUCAUAUAUAAAUCCCAUUCCACUCCGCUUAAUAAUUCAUCCUGCUUUUGCCUAUCUAUCUAUCUAUCUAUCCUCCUCCUCUCCUCUGCUCUAUCGUUUAACAUUCUUUUAUUGUUCUAAGUUCAUUCCCUAUCCCAAGAUGUCGUGGCAAACUUACGUUGAUGAGCACCUCAUGUGCGACAUCGAAGGCAACAAACUCACCGCCGCCGCCAUCCUCGGCCACGACGGCAGCCUCUGGGCCCAGAGCGCCAACUUCCCUAAGUUCAACCCACAGGAAAUCGCAGCCAUCCUCAGGGAUUUUGAUGAACCCGGGUCACUUGCCCCCACCGGCCUCCACCUCGGUGGCCAAAAAUACAUGGUCAUUCAAGGCGAGCCGGGUGCCGUUGUCCGAGGCAAAAAGGGACCCGGUGGUCUUUGCGUCAAGAAGACUACUCAAUGCUUACUGUUUGGACUAUAUGACGAGCCAAUGACUCCUGGGCAGUGCAACAUGGUUGUCGAGAGGCUUGGAGAUUAUUUGGUUGAUCAGGGUUACUAAUCAAUCAAUCAUCUUCAUCUGAAUUGGUUUAAGGUUAUUAUAAAAUGAGUCGGAGCAGAGAGCCAAAGUACUGCAAGUAGCAGUGAUAGAUGCAAUCUGUUUCUGGAUUCUUCAACAAGUCUUCAACAAUGGAGUUUUUUAUUUUUAUUUUUAUAACAUUUUUUGUUUCCUGUUUUGGUUUUGUAUGCUUUUCAAUUAAUUACUGCCAUUUUAAAUGGGUGCGUGCGACGGAUUUGAUUGCACGCACUUCAUAAUAUUUGGCUGUGUAUUUUUUAUUUUAUUUUAUUAAAUAAUAAUAAUUACAUAAAGUUUUGCCAAUACAAU